CCAAGGCCCCUGGCAAGCCCAGGGACAGGAGAGUGACCGAGCUGGCCCUUUGCAUUACAGAGCACCUUUAUGUGUCUCGUGUCCUCGGAUCAUCGUAACACACGGAUGCACGGGUUCUAUGAUCGCUCGCACUUGGCAGGUGCAGGCCCGGCUGGGAUGAAGCCGACACACACCAUCGUCAACUGCUGGUUCUGCAACCAGGACACGGUCGUGCCGUACGGGAACCGCAACUGCUGGGACUGUCCGCACUGUGAGCAGUACAACGGCUUCCAGGAGAACGGCGACUACAACAAGCCCAUCCCCGCCCAGUACCUGGAGCACCUGAACCACGUGGUGAGCAGCGCGCCCCGCCCCCGCGCGCCCGCGCAGCCGCAGCAGUGGGUGAGCAGCCAGGUGCUGCUGUGCCGGAGGUGCAGCCACCACCAGACCACCAAGAUCAAGCAGCUGGCCGCCUUCGCGCCGCGUGACGAGGGCAGGUACGACGAAGAGAUCGAGGUGUACCGCCACCACCUGGAGCAGAUGUACAAGCUGUGUCGGCCCUGCCAGGCGGCCGUCGAAUACUACAUCAAGCACCAGAACCGCCAGCUGCGCGCCCUGCUGCUCAGCCACCAGUUCCGGCGCCGGGACGCCGACCAGACCCACACGCAGAGCUUCUCAUCCGCGGUGAAGGCCCCGGUCCAGGUCAUCGUGCUCCGCGCCCUCGCCUUCCUGGCCUGUACCUUUCUGCUGACCCUUGCACUCUAUGGCACCAGCAACCCCUUUGCCCCAGAGGCCACCCUGCCCCCAGCCCUGCUGCCCGGUGGCAAUGGCUCAGCCUCACCCGACAACAGCACCGCCCUGGGGGCCGAGGGCUGGCAGCAGCUGCUGGGCCUGCUGCCCGAGCACGCGGCAGAGAAGCUGCGCGAGGCCUGGGCCUUCGGGCAGAGCCACCAGAUGGGCGUCGUGGCCCUGGGCCUGCUCACCUGCCUGCUGGCCAUGCUGCUGGCUGGUCGCAUCAGGCUCCGGAGGAUCGAUGCCUUCUCCACCUGCCUGUGGGCCUUGCUGCUGGGGCUGCACCUGACCGAGCAGUACCUACAGGCCGCCUCACCCGGCUGGCUGGACACGCUCAAGUUCAGCACCACGUCCCUGUGCUGCCUGGUGGGCUUCACGGCAGCAGUGGCCACAAGGAAGGCGACAGGCCCGCGGAGGUUCCGGCCCCGAAGGUCAGAGAAGCAGCAGUGACUGCGGGGGGAGGACAGACGGACGGACAGGCCCGGAGCAGGGCCCCUCUGACUUGCGUCUUACCUGCCUCACUCCUGCCCUUGCCCAGCCUAGUGCCCCCUGUCCUUCCGGCACCACCAAGCCACCCUCCCAAGUGCCCUCUAGCUGCCCACCACUGCCGCCGUCUUUCUGGCAAAGACCCCGUCAGUGCCCUGAGACUGGAUCACGGGCAGCACCCGCACGGCCUGCCUCUGACCCAGGGCCUCCAGCUGGCAGCUCUAGGAGCCCCCACCCUGGCCGCGCCCUUUCCCGGGUUCUUACACCGUGGGUGAGCGUCGGGUCCCUGCUGCUCCUCUCACUUUGCUCCAUCCCUGAGCCCCUGGCUCGGGCUGGUGACAGUGGCUGUGGGCUGGGCCCUUGCCGCAUGGCCUCCUUGGGCUGCUCGGCGUGGGCAGGUGCUGCUGAGCAGGGGCCGGAGCAGAGCCCCCCCGCCCCCCCCCCCGGUCCUCACAUCACUUCCCUGGUCCAUCCUUCUGGGCCUGACAGUGGUCCGGCCAUCCCUCACGGAGCCGGGGAAGCAAGAGGACACAGGGCUGCGCCCCCGGGUUUACAGUUCGCUUGCAGCUCCAGGACCUUCCUGAGACCCAUGGUCCCUCAGCCUCCUUCCCCAGGAAUGGAGAACACAGUUCUGGGGUCCCUACUGGGCCUGACCAUGAGUGUGUGGGGCGAGGCUCUUGAGGGGGACAGUAGAGAAUCCUGCUGCUCGUAUGGUCAGCAAGUGUCUUCUUAGCAGCCAGGCUGCUGGGGGAGUUCACCCAGGUGGGGAUCCGAGCAGUCUUUUCUUUAUUCGUCUAUUUUUGGGGCACUGCUAUGGGCUAGACAGAACCAGGGCACACACGCGCUGCUCCCUCUUCUGAGAGGCAGCUGCUCUGCCCUUAAAAGCCAGGGCCCAGUCCUGGUGGCCGAGCCCUCCGCCCACCCCUGUAGGGGCUGGGGUGCAAGGUUCCCUAGCAAAGGCUGCCCCACCUGGCAGUGGGGGCCUGAGUGCUCUUGGCCCGCUCCCCUACCGCGUGCCUGGGAUGUCCCGUUGCCUCCACUCAGCCCCCGUAUGGUGCCUGGGGAAAGUUCUUGCUCCCUGCGGAUAGCACGGGGCAGGGGCCCAAGAGUGACACACGUGACACUGGGUCAUUUGUCACCUUCUCCCUCUCUGGCCUGUCACUACCCUCCUGGCUCCUGGCACUGCUCAUGGAGGCCACUGAGGCUCCCGCGUUCCAGUUCCCUGUGGGGCAGGCGGAAGGGUGGGGACAGAGCCACCGCUCCCGGGGAAGCACGCCUGCUACUCACUAGCUGGUUCCAGCCAGGCCCCGGGCUCUUCCCAGCCUCAGUUUACCAUCUGUGAAAUGAGAGGUGGACCUUUCUCCAGGGCCCCUGAGUGCUGCCCUUGGCGUGGACACACUGUGGACACAGAAGUGCCGCCCGCAUGCAGAGGAAGUAGUUAGCCUAGGGUGCCGUCUCUGAGUGCUCUCCCUGCAGGUGGGCGGCCCAAGGCUGUCUCCGUCCUGCAUUCUGCACUCUGAUGACUCCUGCCAGGGCCGGUGUGCCCUGCCACUCAUCACUCUGAGCAUCAGUCCCCCUCCAGAUGGGACCCCAAGGAUGCCAACCACUUCCCUUUACACAUCGGAGCCGGGGGAAGGCAAAGCAGAUGACGUGCACGUGAGGCUCAUGUGAGCCUGAGGGGCAGGUCGGAGAGCACCCUGGCCAGGCCCUUCAUGGAGCCUGGGCCCCACCGUCACAGUCUUUCUAUGCUCUCGGGGUCCUAAGAAGCCACCCCGCCCCACUCACAUGCGUGUGCGGCAGCCCUUGCCCCGCCCUGGCACCCGGGUGGGUCUGGAGCUGCCCCCUUAGGCGUGUGGCCCCCGAUCAAGCCCCUGCCUGGCUGGGCUCGGCUUGUUCUCUGCAGAGGGUGAGGUGCAAGGUGACUGACCAGGAAGGAGGAGUGGGGAACCUGGCUAAACUGGGAGCGAGACCUGCUGGCCUGGCUUGGCUGUUGGGCGGUGGGGGGAGGGGGGGCGCGGCCCGCUGCCUGUCCCUUCACCCCCAUCAGUCUGCCUGAGAGGGGAGAGGAGGCCGCAGGUACCAGGCCGAGAGCCAGUGGUCUGGCUGUGCGUGCCCUCGUACACGGAAUCUCCCGUUUUCAAGGAAACGGACAGUGUGAUGCUAAUUACUGCUUUUUUUGGCGUAGAGUAGAAGCAGGACAUCUGUGUGUAUGUGUGUAUUUAAGUUAAAUUAUUUAUAAUAACCAUAACCAGCGCUCUCGCUGGCCAGGAGCCCCUGCUGAGCAGAUGUCUUUCCUGCCCUCUAGCGGGGGGGGUGGGGGGAAGUCACCCUCAUGAGAUGAGCCUCAUCAGAGCGUGGCUUCCUGGGCUUUUUAGAGUUCUGUGUGACUUUUUAAAAUUACGUGUCUGUCCUUUCAUUAUUUGGAGCAUAUUUCCAGCACCUUCUGAUGUUUACUGGCAACAGCUGAGGAAGUGCAGGCAGCCCUGGGAUCGUGGCUUAUUAACUGGAAAUGUGUCGCCCUACCCCGGACCUCUGUCCCCUCCACUGGGGACAACUGUCAGACCACCUGGGGUCGGGGUGACUGUCUCCAAGACAUGAGGGAGGCCCGCUUGGCUAUCUUCUCUCUCCGAGUCUGGGGUCCCCACCGUGGGCUGAGCAACUGCCUCGACGCACCCGCUCGGGGAGGAGCCCGUGUCCCUUCUGUCUGUGACGCUUGCCAAGUGGCUCGCCCUCUCUGGUUGUGUAGCGCACCUGCGGAGGAUUGGCCGGUGACUCUCUUUGCUGUAACCGUAACUCCUGGCCGUAGAUGUCGUGUUUUUAUGCUGUAUUUUCAAUAAAUGCCUCCGGGGCUCUGCUUUUACCGGUGGGCAUCAGGUAC